AUUGUUUUGUUUUGUUUCGAAGAGUCCACGUGCGUUGCUGGCUUUUGCGGCAAAAGAAUUUAACUUAAAUUUUGCUUUAAAUUUAUCGUUUUAAAAAACUAAAAUCUUAAAAUGGUGCGCCGCCUGAGAAAGAUGAAGAAAAACCAAAAGUACAACUACAACCGGAAUCGCAAACGGCUGGACAAGCAGCUGAAAAGCACCGGUCCCAUCCGAUGUCUGGAGAUCAAAAACGCGCUCGAUCCGCGCAAGAAGCUCAGCGCCAACAUCCGGGAGAUGGGUCUGGCGUUCAACGUGAACCGAACGAUCCCGGUGCCGAACGCCAAGCAAACCCGCAUACAGUUGACCCGCUACGUGAAUGGGUUCCUCGAGGAAGAUGCUGUUGAUGUGGAAACGAGCACUGAAGUGAAGCGACCGCCGCCACCGCCCAAGAUCCACGUCGCCCAGCAGCUGGAACAGGAAGCGAACGAGUACGUGGAGAGCCGGUUUCGACUGCCCAAGGGCCAGGUCAAGUUCGCCUGUCGGAUGAUCGACGCGUACGGUUUCAACUACCGGGCCAUGUCGCGCGAUCGGACCAACUACGAACAGGACACGUGGCGCCAGUUACGCCAGAAGGUGCGUAAGUUUUUGUCCAUUCCGGAGCAGUGCACGCCCUACCUGGAGAAGAAAGGUUGGCUGGACUGCGAAAUGGACGAUCCGAACGAUCCCCGGUGGAAGGAGUACGGCACGGACGAUGAGGAGUGUUGAGGUAAGAAUAAAGAGUAAUUUUGGGCUUGUAAA